AAUUUCUCUUGAUCUUUCCUUUCUUACCAAGAAAUCAUCUUUCUUCUUCUUGCAAAGCUCUAGAUGAGUAACCAAGCUGAAUCAUCCGACUCCAAAGGGUCCAAGAAGGACUUCUCCACCGCGAUUUUGGACCGCAAGAAGUCACCCAAUCGUCUUGUUGUCGACGAAGCCAUUAACGAUGACAACUCCGUGGUCGCUAUGCAUCCUAAUACCAUGGAGAAGUUGCAGCUUUUCCGCGGAGACACCAUCCUUAUCAAGGGGAAGAAAAGGAAGGAUACUGUCUGUAUUGCUCUUGCUGAUGACACUUGUGAUGAGCCAAAGAUCAGGAUGAACAAAGUUGUGAGAUCGAACUUAAGGAUUCGACUUGGUGAUAUUGUUUCUGUUCACCAAUGUCCAGAUGUGAAGUAUGGGAAGCGUGUCCACAUACUACCAAUAGAUGAUACCAUAGAAGGUCUUGCCGGUGAUUUGUUUGAUGUGUACGUUAAACCUUACUUUGUGGAGGCAUACCGUCCAGUGAGGAAAGGUGAUCAUUUUCUGGUUAGAGGAGGCAUGAGGAGUGUUGAGUUCAAAGUUAUUGAGACUGACCCUGCAGAAUAUUGUGUGGUUGCUCCUGACACGGAAAUCUUUUGUGAGGGUGAGCCCGUGAAGAGGGAGGAUGAGGAACGGUUGGAUGAGGUGGGAUAUGAUGAUGUUGGUGGUGUUAGGAAGCAGAUGGCUCAAAUCCGUGAAUUAGUGGAAUUGCCCUUAAGGCAUCCACAACUUUUCAAAUCUAUCGGUGUGAAACCUCCUAAAGGAAUAUUACUUUUUGGACCACCAGGUUCUGGAAAGACUUUAAUAGCCAGGGCUGUUGCAAACGAGACAGGUGCUUUCUUCUUUUUAAUAAAUGGACCUGAAAUUAUGUCCAAGUUGGCUGGAGAGAGUGAAAGCAACUUGAGGAAGGCAUUUGAGGAAGCCGAGAAAAAUGCGCCAUCAAUUAUUUUCAUUGAUGAAAUUGAUUCGAUUGCCCCAAAGAGAGAAAAGACUCAUGGUGAAGUUGAGAGAAGAAUUGUUUCACAACUGUUGACACUCAUGGAUGGUCUGAAAUCACGGGCCCAUGUUAUUGUAAUGGGAGCCACAAAUAGGCCCAACAGCAUCGAUCCUGCAUUGAGAAGGUUUGGUAGGUUUGAUAGGGAAAUUGAUAUUGGUGUGCCAGAUGAAGUCGGGCGUUUGGAAGUUCUUCGAAUUCACACCAAGAACAUGAAGCUUGCUGAUGAGGUUGACCUUGAAAGGAUUGGUAAAGAUACUCAUGGUUAUGUCGGUGCUGAUCUUGCUGCUCUUUGUACUGAAGCUGCACUUCAAUGUAUCAGAGAGAAGAUGGAUGUUAUUGACCUAGAUGAUGAAACAAUAGAUGCUGAGAUUCUGAAUUCCAUGGCAGUGACAAACGAUCACUUCCAGACUGCUCUUGGAAUCAGCAAUCCAUCUGCUUUGCGGGAAACUGUCGUUGAAGUGCCUAAUGUCUCCUGGGAGGAUAUUGGAGGACUUGAGAAUGUUAAGCGCGAGCUUCAAGAGACUGUCCAAUAUCCAGUUGAGCACCCAGAGAAGUUUGAGAAAUUUGGUAUGUCCCCAUCAAAGGGGGUCCUAUUCUAUGGCCCUCCUGGUUGUGGUAAAACACUACUGGCUAAGGCAAUUGCAAACGAGUGCCAGGCCAAUUUCAUCAGUAUUAAAGGUCCUGAGCUUCUUACCAUGUGGUUUGGUGAGAGUGAAGCAAAUGUUCGUGAAAUCUUUGACAAGGCCAGACAAUCUGCACCAUGUGUUCUCUUCUUUGAUGAGCUUGAUUCAAUUGCCACCCAGAGAGGAAGUAGUGUAGGAGAUGCAGGCGGUGCUGCAGAUCGUGUUUUAAACCAACUUCUGACUGAAAUGGAUGGCAUGAAUGCGAAAAAGACCGUCUUCAUAAUUGGGGCCACAAACAGACCUGAUAUCAUUGAUCCUGCACUUCUCAGGCCAGGCCGUCUUGAUCAACUAAUAUACAUUCCUCUCCCUGACGAGGACUCGCGUCACCAGAUCUUCAAAGCCUGCAUGAGAAAAUCUCCGGUUUCCAAAGAUGUGGAUCUGAGAGCAUUGGCCAAGUAUACUCAAGGCUUCAGUGGCGCCGACAUCACAGAGAUAUGUCAGCGUUCUUGCAAGUAUGCCAUAAGAGAGAAUAUUGAGAAAGACAUAGAGAAGGAGAGGAAGCGAAGUGAGAAUCCAGACUCUAUGGACGAGGAUAUGGAGGAAGAGGUGGCGGAGAUAAAGGCUGGUCAUUUUGAGGAGUCUAUGAAGUAUGCUAGGAGGAGUGUGAGCGAUGCUGACAUCAGGAAAUAUCAGGCGUUUGCUCAAACCUUGCAGCAGUCUCGUGGCUUUGGAACCGAGUUUAGGUUCCCAGAGACCACGGGGGCUAGGACAGGUUCGGGUCCUGACCCGUUUGCUGCUACCCCCGCCUCUACCGGGGCUGAAGAUGAUGAUCUUUAUAGCUAGGUAGGGCUUGGAGGAUGUUAUAAUAGUACUUUUGUUUUCUGUCUGUCUUUCUGAAAGUACUAACUUAUAUAUUAUGUGGGAUCACCAAAACCAAAAGUAACGACACCACAAACAUAAGCUCAGUCUCUUUUUAUGUUUUGCCUUUUUAUCAAAAUGCAUUCUCAUUCUCUGACUGGUUUGUUUUCACAUUAUUUAUGGCUGUUUUCCUUCCAUAA